AUCCCUUCUCAACAGUUUUUUCAGCUAAAUCCUUAAGGCACGGUUGCUCUCAAUGAGCUGCUCAUCAUGUUACUCUCCAUUCAUUCAACCCCAAGCUCUCCGGUGAUACCCUUCACCUCAAACAUCUUUAGGGUUCCGUCUUAACGUUUGAGAUGAGGCACACUUCGAGUAUUAUUGUAGAUUCUAAGACAACAUUGCAACUCUUUAUUCUUCUUUGAUCCUGAUUGACUCGUUCCCUCAAAAUCCUUUCUUCACUACUUAAACCUCUGUCGUAAAACCAUGGUCCGUUCGAGUAAUUUGGAUAUGAUAACUCUCCCCAUUUGAGCAAUCGAGUAGUUUCUUCAAUUUGUUGCUGUACUGUCCCGCUAAAUCCCAUGUUUACGAUCGUGACGAAUCGGUCCCUUCCUAAAUCUAGAGGCACGUACAAGUGGUUUGAAAAUGCAGAGGAUUGUAAAGCUGGUAUAAAGAAUGGAUUUACAGUUUUCAGCCUAACUUGGUUGCAAACGAGAGGAAUGAAGCAGUUGGAUAUGUAACUUUAAUGAUGGAAAUAACGUAUGUGGGAAGCUCAUUGAUCGUGAUGCGGAAUGGAACACGCAAAUCCAGACAGAUACUCCCUCUUCCGGCCAUGGAGGUAAGGAAGGGCAAGUGAUAUCCCACUAGACGCGUUCAGAGGUUUCAGCAUUGAAUAAUCCAGAGUCGUUGAAAAUGCCUUGUCAACCAAACCGAGGUCCAGUCUGUUCGGCGACUUUUCAACCUAACUCCGACAACCUCCCUGCAACUGACUGUCUACCAAGGAAGGACAGUUGGCGGUGGCAAACCUCAAACUCUGAGUAUGGGAAAUUCUACGUUUUCGUAAACAGAGAGGUUUCCAAAAAUAGAGAGGCCCACAAGGAUUGCUUCAAGAAGGUUGAAAACUUGGCUGACGAGCUGAAAUUAGCUAAAGCUCAGCUGGAAAAGCUUAUGAUCUCAUGUGGUCGGAGCUUUAGCAGGCCUGAAGGGGACCGAGCUAUGUCGUGUUCUUCGACGGCCAGAUCGCCAAGUCAAGGAAGGUGCGAAUGCCUAACCAAGCCAGGCCCGCCCACUGAAAGCAUGUACGUCACGGAGCACAUGAACCAGUACAAUGGGGCGCUAAGACAUGAUCCUCAGCCGCUCAUGGACCACAUCAAAGAAGAACACCCACAACUUGUGAAGCGCGUGGCACCAAAGCUACCGACAUCAGCGAUUCGAAGGGUCAUCGACAGCCCCAGAGAUAAUGCUGACUUCGAUGAAGACGCUGGAUGCUGUCCGGGUAAAAUGGGAUGCGGAUUGGGGUCGAGAUGGAAGUCGAGGUCCGGGUCUCUCUCACCAGGAGAUCGUUCUUCACCACGCCGCGGCGAUUCUGCAGCUUACGCUGGCAAGCGGAAGAUGCAAUGGAGACAAUCCCCUCCUCAGAAAAAGGCAAAAGGAGCCAAAUCCGAAGCAGCCUCAGAUUUAAAACACACUGCCGCAGGAGGAAUAAACCUUCCUCCCAGUCAACGUUACAACUUCUACCGUCAAUAUGGUUACGCGGGACAAGGUGCCAAAACAAGCAAAGGAUGGCACUCUGUGAAGACCCCCUGGUUGCACACUGGAGUACCGUAUGGCUAAUUCUUCACGUGCAACUGAAGUGGUACAAAUCAGAUAGCAAGCGAUAGGACAACUCUCCAACUUUCUUCAUUAGUGUGUGAGUUCAAUGGAUAUGUGAAUUAUCAAGGACUACAGCAGCUCAAUGUUACAAGACGCCACAUGCAGCCACUGAGCUUGUAGAUUUGUGUAGGACAGGUUUGUGAAAACGGUUUUACUUGUUGCAUUUUAGUUAAUUCGUACUUAUAAUUAUGUGGUUUCAAUGAACGCACCCCUUGACGAUGCUGAAAGUCGCACUCUCAAACUUCCAACAGCUACACUGACAGGAAUUUUUAGAGACGGCCUUGUGUGAAACAGAUCGCUGAUUGUGUCGCCACGUCCUUAUCGGCUAUGAAGCUCUUGCUAGAUUAAUGAACUUUGUAGCGUGGCUUACAUCA